GCACAUUUUGAUAUCGGAUUAACGUGAGCGAAAGUAAUUGACAAUUUUUCUGCACAGUUCUGCAGCAUAUGGUGGGUGUGGUCACUGCAGUGAGUGAGCGACCCGAGACAAGAUGGCAGCGAUCGAGUGCUUCUCGGCCGCCAAUUUUGUGGGCCCGGCGGUCGUCUUGCCCCCGAUGCUCAACAUCACGGACGUGACAGCAUGGAAGGCACCCUGCGCGUUCCGGUCCUGGCGGGUGCCGGCUGGCCUCGCGCUCUUCGCGUUCCCUCUCGUCAACUUCAACGGCAUCCCCGUGCGCGUGGACUCGACGUCAUCGACACUGCCUGCUGGGUUCAACGUCUUGUCCUUCGCAGUUAUCGACCGCGCCGACGACGUGCAUCUGCUCGUGGACACGGGCGACACGACGUUCGCGCCGGUCGUGGUUCCCGUUGGCGCGCGGCUCCCAGUCAUCGACAACAACAUGGACAUGAGAAUGAGCAGCAUGCACAUUCCUCCGAACGCUGUCGUGGUCGGAUACAAGCGUCGAUACUUUCUCGGGCCGUACCGCGUGUACAGCGGGUCGUUGGGCUCGCUCGGCGACUGGAACAACCGCGUUCGAUCGCUGCAGGUGCUGCCGUCCACGUUCCCACUGCCCGCGCAGCCUCGUUCCCCCCGUCCUCUAGGCAACGCCACCGCGUCCGUCCGUUUCUUCGCGAGACCCAACUUUACGCUGCUGUCGUUGCAGCAGUCGGUCGCCGACGGCGGCGUGCCUUCCAUGGAAGAUUGGCCGUUCGACUUGACCGACAUUCAGCCAUCGUCCAUCACUCUCGAUCCAGGAGUGUUGUUCGUCCAAUACAGCGCGACGAAUUUCAAAGGCACGGCUCGGACAUGGACGACUUCCACGGCCAUGAUGCCCACCGACCAUAAAACGUUUCUCAUGCAGUCAUUCCAAGUGCUUCCGUCCGCCGCCGCGCAACCGCCGCUACCUUCCUCCGACUAUGCCAUGUGCAUAUCCCCACUGCCGGCAUCUUCAUUGCUGUACCUUGAAGCUGGCGACGUCAUUCCCGAUCUGUCCGUGUUCAACAUAGAUACGUGCAGGUCCUUGGUUCUACCCCCGUCCAUCGUCGCGAUCGUUUACACUGGCGUCAACAGCACUGGCCAAGCCGUGACCCUUGCCCCCUCGACAACACACUAUGACGUGGCAUUCUCCCGUGGCUCGCUCGUGCUACUCUCUAGUACUACUACUAGUAGUAGUACUACUACAACGACGACAGCCCCAUCAUCCGGAGUAACAACCAUCCUCCGGCACGACAACGAUAGUAUAUGGGCAGCCGACACUAUGUGGAUAGCGUUUGCCGUACUUGUGGUUGUAGCAAUCAUCGCGUACUGUGUAUUUCGCCAAACUUCUGUGGAUGAUAUAUCCCAGCCAGUGGUUGCUUCUCCGCAACCAAUCGAUCUCGACCUGCCAAACCACAUCCCAAACCCUCCGACAUCUUAUAUUCCCAUCGACCCGGCCUUGCUAGACUGGACCGAUCUGGCGCUGUAUCGACUCGACAACAAGCUAGUCCUCCGUCGGCACUUUUUGGCAUCGGGGGCAUCUGGAGAUGUUUACGCCGGCGUCUUCCACAACCAGCCCGUAGCCAUCAAACAGCUUCACGUAUACACGGCUACUUCGGUGCAGCGCUUUAUCCGGGAAAUCUCGUUGGUGGCGGCCAUCCAAUCGCCGCAUAUCGUACGCCUUAUUGGAGCUACAUGGACAUGUCCACAGGAUUUAAACGCAGUGAUGGAACUCAUGGGGGGCGGGGACCUCCGGGCGUUCCUAGCUGCCACCACGCGCUGCCACGUCACGUGGACGACGCGGCUACAGUGGGCCACCAGUGUAUGCGAAGGGCUGUUUUACCUGCACUCGAUGCACCACAUGCAUCGAGAUAUCAAGUCGAGAAAUUUGCUCUUUCAAACGAAAAACGAUCUUGAUAUAUUAAAAGUCGCCGAUUUCGGCAGUGCGCGCGAUGUCCAGGAUACUGGCGGCAGCGGGACGACCACGAUGGCUGGCACAUUGCGGUGGAUGGCGCCCGAGAUGCUGCUCUUCCAACCGUACUCGAGUGCCGUGGAUGUAUACGCAUUUGGCGUCGUGCUAUCGGAAAUGGACACCCAUGAAACUCCAUAUGCCCAACACUGUAAUCAACAAGGAGAUGAGAUGAUGCUGAUUCGAAGGGUCCUGCACGACCAAUUGCGGCCGUCGUUCUCAGCGGAUGUGCCCGUGUGGUUUAAAUUCCUCGCGCUAAGAUGUAUGGCCCACGACCCAGCAGAGAGACCGUCGACGUCUGAGAUACUGCAUGUACUACUCACCCAGCAGCGCCGAUUAGAAGAACGAGAUGACCAAGUACAAAAUUGGACGACUACUAUGUAGUACUUACUGGGAGUAUAUAAUGUAGUCAUAAGAAGGGAUGAAUUAAUAUUUUAACAGCCACGAAAAAAGUAAUAUGUCUGAAACCAG